AUGACAACAGAACAGUCUCCAUUGAUGAUGGCAGCACCACCUUCUACGUUGGCGGCCUUAGACGCAAGCAAGCUGCGGGUUACUCGCAAUCCCAAGCCAGCCGAGCUGCCCAAUCCCGAUAACCUGCAGUUUGGGAAGAAUGUGACCGACCAUAUGCUUCAGGUACAAUGGUCAGAGUCUCACGGCUGGCACGAGCCUCAGAUUAUUCCAUAUGGUAAUCUGAGCAUUGAUCCAACCGCCGGUGUCUUCAAUUAUGCCUUCGAAUGCUUCGAAGGCAUGAAGGCAUACAAAGACGCACAGGGCCGACCGCGACUAUUCAGACCAGAAGUAAACAUCGCACGCCUGAACGAAUCUGCAGCACGAGUAGCACUCCCAACAUUCGAUUCUACCGCAUUCCUGGCUCUUCUGUCAGAGUUCGUGGCCAUGGAGUCUCGGCAUAUACCCUCUAUUCGAGGGUACUCGCUGUACCUACGCCCAGUCCUAAUCGGAACUAAUCCAGGCCUGAGCGUCUCACCACCCACCACCGCGCUGCUAUACGUAGUCGCAUCGCCCGUCGGCUCUUACUUCAAGGAUGGAACUAAAGCCAUCACGUUGGAAGCGGCGAAUAGCUCGCAAUGGGUGCGUGCGUGGCCGGGUGGCAGUGGGUGCCACAAAGUCGGGGCCAAUUAUGCCCCCUGCAUGAUGGCGGAAGCAUGGGUCCGACAACGGGGAUCAGAUCAGGUUCUUUGGCUUUUUGGGGAAAAUAAUCUAGUAACAGAAGCCGGGACGAUGAAUCUGUUCGUGGUUGUCCGCAGACCGGACGGGGAUCGCGAACUCGUGACGCCGCCAUUGGAUGGCACGAUCUUGCCAGGUGUUAACCGGGAUUGUGUGCUGAGGCUGGCACGGGAGAAGUUGGAGGGACAUGGUUGGGUAGUCCAAGAGCGGAGUAUCUCUAUGAGUGAGUUGGAGGCCACUGCUGUGGCGGGGAACUUGGAGGAGGUGUUUGGUACCGGGACUGCGGCAGUUGUCAGCCCAAUUGGGUCUAUUCGGUGGGAGGGACGUGAGAUUAGCUGCGGAAAGUCAUCCGUGCAGGAGAGUGUGGCGACCAAGAUGAGGAAGUGGAUCGAAGCUAGACAGUAUGGUGAAGAUGAGCAUGAGUGGAGUGUUUUGAUUGAUGGCCUUGACCUUGCCAAGAGCCCUGAGGCGAAACUUUGA